AUGGCGGCGCGGGUCGGAGCGAGUUCUCGCCACGGGGCCAAGAAGUGGCUGGCGUCGCUCUUUGGGGAGGCGGAGCACGCGUCUGCGUCCUCCUCCAAGUCGGUGGCCAAGGAGCGGCUGCAGAUCAUCCUGGCGCACCAGCGCGGCAGCCAGGUGCUGGCGGGCGUGGACCUGGCGGCGCUGCAGCAGGAGCUACUCGAGUGCGUGCAGCGCCACAUCAAGGUGGCCAACGGAGCCAACAUCAACAUUGCAGUGAAGAACGAGGGCCACUUGGACAUCUUCGAGAUGCAAGUGCCAGUGGAUGGAGAGAAGGCGUCCGAUGGGAGGAAAUCCACUCGGUAA